CGCCAUUGUUUUUUCGUUUUUAGACAGUUGGCAGCCCUGGCUCUCACACACAAAAAGUCUCAUUAAUUAGUUCGCAUUUUCGACGACAAAGCAGUGAUUCCAGGGGUCAGCUUUGAAAACCCAUCCUGCGAACUUUCAUAGACAACUAAUUUUUGUACGACAUCGAGUAUUUAUAUACGUUUAUACAAUCCUGUAUAUUGGACGGUUUACAAUUAUCUUUUGGAAAAUCGCAAAUCGGCGGAUCAGGGAUCGAGCGAGCUACCCCACAUCCACAUCCACAUCCAAAAUCCCAUCCCCUGGAAAAAGGCUGCUAUCUGCAGAUAGAUCUGGAUAUACCAGAUAUAUAGAGCGAAAUUCGUAUAUAUUCCAAAACACUCCAUUAGCGAUUAGUUAGGUCAGAUAUAUUUAUACAUAUAUAUAGAUGUUUAACAAAAUUUUCUACUAGGCGAGAGAUUAGUAACGGAGCAAAAGCAAUAAACGACGAACCUCAGCGUUAAGCCUAAAGAUUUACCUACCUAGAUACAUACAGAAUAAUUAAUUUAUAUUAAAAACAACAAAAAAACAACACAAAGCCCAGCCAAGUCGAGAGUGAGUGCAGAACUGCAGUCGUAGUAUCGUAGCAAUCGAAGUAUUCAAAAUUGUAGCCUAGCACUUAGCACUAUUUAAUUCGCAGCAAGACACCUGUAUAUUUAGACGGAAAUAAGCAUAAAUAUAUUUUGUACGUGGACUUUGGGAAGUGACUACUAGAUAGAGCAACCAAGCUGCAUAUUUUUAUAUCGUCCUGUGAUUGAUGCAGCCAGUCUCAGUUCCAGUUCAAUUCCUGGACCGAGUGUAGAGACAUAUAAUCAAGUAGCCAGAGCUAAGUAGCCUAUUAGAUACACACACCCUGACAUACAGAACAGCCAUGGACGAAUCCCAGCCGAAGACCCUAUACGUUGGCAACCUAGACAGCUCCGUGUCCGAGGAUUUGCUCAUCGCACUCUUCGGCACCAUGGGCCACGUCAAGAGCUGCAAGAUAAUCCGGGAGCCGGGCAACGAUCCCUAUGCCUUUAUCGAAUAUUCCACUUACCAAGCAGCCACGACCGCCCUAACCGCCAUGAACAAGCGUCUGUUCCUCGACAAGGAAAUCAAGGUUAACUGGGCCACUAGUCCCGGCAAUCAGCCCAAGACGGACAUCAGUUCUCAUCAUCAUAUUUUCGUCGGCGACUUGAGUCCCGAGAUCGAAACAGAAACGCUGCGCGAGGCAUUUGCUCCAUUCGGAGAGAUUUCAAACUGCCGCAUUGUUAGAGAUCCGCACACCAUGAAGUCCAAGGGCUAUGCCUUCGUGUCGUUCGUGAAAAAGGCAGAGGCGGAGAACGCCAUUACGGCGAUGAAUGGUCAAUGGAUCGGUUCGCGGUCAAUACGCACCAACUGGUCCACCCGCAAACUCCCACCGCCGCGUGAGCCCAACAAAGGAGGCGGCCAGGGAGGUGGCAUGGGUGGCGGGCCGGGAGGCAACGGUUCCGGCGUAAAGGGCAGUCAGCGGCACACCUUCGAAGAGGUCUACAACCAGUCGAGCCCCACCAACACUACCGUCUACUGCGGUGGUUUUCCGGCUAACGUCAUUAGCGAUGACUUGAUGCACAAGCACUUUGUCCAGUUCGGACCCAUCCAGGACGUUCGGGUAUUCAAAGACAAAGGCUUUGCGUUUAUUAAGUUCGUCACCAAGGAAGCAGCCGCCCGCGCUAUCGAGCACACGCACAACAGCGAGGUCCAUGGCAAUCAGGUUAAGUGCUUCUGGGGCAAGGAGAACGGCGGCGACAAUUCGGCCAAUAACCUCAAUAAUGCUGCGGCUGCGGCCGCAGCAGCAGCCUCCGCCAAUGUAGCCGCCGUGGCAGCUGCGAACGCAGCGGCUGCCGCUGGAGCGGGUAUGCCCGGCCAAAUGAUGACACAGCAACAGAUCGCGGCAGCCACCGGAGCGGCGAUACCCGGCCAAAUGAUGACUCCCCAGCAGAUCGCAGCCGCCACGGCAGCGCAGUAUUCGCCAUACGCCUAUCAGCAGAUGGGGUACUGGUAUCCCCCAACGGCAUAUCCUGGAACCCAGAUGCAAACGCAGUACAUGCAACAGGGCUACUAUCCUUACGCUUACACCACCAGUGCUCAACAGGCGGGAGGCGUCCCUGCCGGCUAUCGUAUGGUGCCACCGAAUGUGGCAUGGGGCGUACCCGGUACUGUAGUGCCGGGCGUAACGGCCGCAGCCACCGCCGCCGCAGCAGCAAACGGUUCACUUGCCCCCCAGAUGAUGUAUAGUGCUGCGAUGCCGCAAUACCAGACCCAAUGAGCUGAAAUGUGACGCCAGCUUCGACGCCGUCUGCAGCAUCCGGGCAGUCGCCCCCAGCCCCAGCUGCCAGGUUACCUAGAAUACAGAUUGGUACCAGCCAAAUCGGCCUCGGGGGACUGAGAGAAUGUGCAGGAUUGGAGGUUGCGGCUAAGGAUCGUGUCACUAUCACCUAUUCUCAGCCCAAAAAAAAAACCAAUCCCAAGGUCUAGGCGAUACGCCGGCGACAACUGAAAAAAAACAUCAACUGAAAAAAAGCUCUGGGCUAUGGGCGGGUAGCUGUAACAAUCUAAUCCAAUCUAAGUACGUGUUAAAAUAAUUUAAUGAUUUGUAAUUUAAGCAGAGAUGUAGGCGAUAAAAACAAAAACAAAAAAAAGAAAACCCAGAAACAAAAUAAACCGAAAAAGAAAUUCAACAAAAAAAAAUGCAAGCAAGCAAGAGAGCCUUGUGCUAAGAAACUAAGAAACGUGACAAAGCCAAUUGUAAUUGUAACUAUGUGGAAAUUGUGUCAACGAAAAUCGGAAGGAAAUUAGACGAUGGGAGGAUGAGAUGAGGAGGAGGAGGAGGAGAUCAUAUGUAGGAUGAAUGGAAGGAAAAGCAAGCCACAAGCAAGCCGAAAGCAAAAAAACAAGAGGAAACAAAUCUAGCGCCUAAGAGAAUGUAAAUUCGAGCAUACAUAUUGUGUAUUUCCAAUGUGGAAAAUGAAAUGCGAUAUAAAUAUGUAAAAUGUAAAAUAAAGAAACAAAAAAAUA